UAUAUUUAAAUAUUUAAUUGAAAGAAGGUACAAGCAGUAAUCGUGGGUAAUCAUAGAAUAUUGAUUAUAUUUUUGUUAACUAUAUUACGAAAUAUUUACUUUCACCAAAGAGAAUUGUCAAUUAUAUAAUAAGUACAUAUAGUAUAAUAAUCCUUAUUGAAGUACCACCCGUUGAUAACAUAUUGAUUCAAUAUUUUCACCAUUGUAACCUUGAACUUGACUACGUAUUCACUGUUUCUGGGGAGUGUCUGCAAUCUUGUAUUAGUAACUGUUAAUUAUACCUUUUGUAUCAUUUUUAUUAAUAAUUAUGGAUCCUUCGAUCUUCCCUGAAGAAAUUUGGAUAAAAAUUUUAUUAUAUUGUGAUGUACCUGAUAUUAUUGCUUUCGGUAGAACAUGUAAAUAUUUAAGGAAAACUUCUGAUACUGAUUACCUGUGGAAAAUGAAGUGGCUACAAUUGAUUUCAAAAGUACAUUUUAAAUUUCCAGACAUGAAAUGUCUGCAACUGCUUAGUGUUAGUUUUAAAGCAAUGUGUUAUAGAUUACAUAUGGUAAUUACAUCAGGGGAAAAUUUUCAUUUUCCAAAAUGUCGUCAUUGUAGUGGUUACACGUGUCAAAGAAAUUGUGUUGAAGGUUCUAGUGCAAAAGUAGUAAUUGAAAUUGGAAAUAAAUACACAUGGGUCAUUACGCCACAUUUUGAAUUAAGAAGGCAUUUAUCAAUGUUUGGUGUACCUAAAUACAAUAAUGAAACAUAUUUGGAGCAAACACAAAAUGUUCCAAGCAGUAGUGCACGACCAAAGGGUGAUGGAAAAUCAUUAGCUAAGAAAUUCAAACUGCUGAAAUUAUCUGAACUGGCAACUGCUAAGAUUCCAAGACCGAGUGGUCCAUUUUGUGUAUUUUGUAAUUCUGUUAAAUUGUACAGGGAGAAAAAAAGAUUAAUUACACAUCAAAAUGAUCCAACAUGUUAUGCAAGACCAAAUCCAAUUUAUGAAAAACUUAUAAAUGGAUAUUGCACAGAUACUGUUGAAGUACUUGGAAUUCCAAAUGUUGAUCUUGUUAGUCCAGCAGAAGCAUUAUUAAGCGAUGGAACAUUUUCUGUUCUUAAAACAUUUGUUGGUCAUUUAUUUCAUCAGAUGAGAUUAACAUCUACUUUAAGAAAACCCAAUGCAGUACUUAUGUUCUGUGAACCAUUAGCUAUGCAUCCAGCACUCAGAAAAGAAUUGUUGCAUUAUUUGUUCCAAGAAGUUAAAGUAUCAAGAGUAUGUUUAGUCCCAAAGCCUCUAGCAGCAUGUGCAAUGCUGGAUGUGGAAACUUGUGUAGUUGUUGAUAGCGGAGCUCUUAGUACAACAGUAGCUGUUGUAAUUGGCGGACGUGUUAUACCACAACGCUGGAGAUUAUUACCUGUGGGCGGGUGGCAUGUAGCUUAUCAUUUAAAGCAAGCCAUGCAUUGGUACCUAAAAGAAUGUUAUCAUAUUCCUAUAUCAUAUUUGGAUACAUUGUCCAUCAAAGAAAGAUGUAGGCUAAGCUACAAUAUUAAAAAUGAAGAAAAACGUGUAGGUCAAAAAACAAGGGAAUGUAUUACAGUACGUAGUUAUGCUGGCAACGAACGAUUUUUGAGAGUUUCCUUAGGUUCUGAAUUAUAUAUUGCUCCUGAAAUGAUGUAUAUCAAUCUUGGUUUACCACAAGUGAUAAAAGAUGUAACAUUUGGUUUAUCAGAAGAAAUACUGCACGAUUGCCUCUCGCAUAUAUUACUAACGGGGGGCAACACACACCUUUCAGGUUUUGAAUUAAGAUUAACUAAAGAUUUACGGGAAUUAUUGCCUGAACAUAGCAAAAUUUUAGAAGUAAAAAGUUGCCCUGGCACUCAUAGUUGGAAUGUUGCCAUGGGUUCCACAUAUGUGCCUUUAACUGUACAUCCUGACAAAACACCACCUGAAUAUGUAGAGGGUAAUCCAUUUUGGCUAUCAAGAGAAGAAUAUAUUUUAUUUGGAUGUGAAUCAUUGAAGCAGUAAAAUUAUAAUAACUGAUUUGACACAAUACUGAUACCUCACUUAUUGUAUAAAUGCAAAACCAUGCAUGUGUAAAAAUAUUGCAGCAUUAAAGGAUAAACCAUCAUGAAGCAAAUCUUUUCAUGAAUUGCCUUUAAAUUAAAUGCAGAAUGUAAGAUAGAUGAUUAAAAAUACAUUCCAAGAUAAAGUGCUUGGAUCAAAAUAAAUAUUGACACUUCUGGGGCCCAUUUUCUAAACAAGGGAGCGGAAGGUGUGAAUUCUCCCACCGCGUAUGCAAUGAAUCUCGGAUAGAUAUACGUUGCUAUACUUACACGUAUUAAGCUCUUCAUUUCAUUUUGCCUUAUUACUCCACGUUUAAUCUUUCAACAUUACAUCCCUUUUAAAACAUAUAGGUAUUAUUAAUACACGUAAUAUUUCACACUAUCAUCCCUUUCCAUAUUUGACUACAAAAUUCUUCUGUUUCUAUAUUUUUAUUAUUUUUUAUAGGUACAGAUUUUUUUAAAUAUAAUUAUUCAAAGAGUCUCGAUUUUCUAAUGUGAUUGGAAUUUCUUUAUUUGAGUAAUGAUAGUUUUAAUGUUACAUUAUCCAACAUACCAAAAAUAUAUUUAUUUUGUUAUUAUAGAAAUUCUUUAUUAACACCUAUGUUUCUUGUUUUCAUUUAAAAUUAUUCAAAUCCAAAAAUUCCGUCCAUCCCAGGUUUUUGACUAUCUGGUAAAUUUUA